AUGGAUCACUUUGAUGAAAAAAAAUAUGGUAUCACUACGGCUCUCCUGACUUAUCCGAAACCACAGAGUGAUCCCGGAACAGAUUAUUCAAAGAACAUUCAACAGAUAAUGUUAGACGUAAAGAACUUGGACUCCAGAGACGAUUACUUGGGAUAUGAUUCCGAUUACGACUACCUGCCCUUUGAGUUAGAUAUGGGCUCCCCCGCCCUCUCAUAUGAAAAAAUGCCUUGGUUCGACUGUCCAAAAAUAGAACAAGCGGAGUCUUUGCUCGAUGAUGAUUCGGAUGUUAGUAUUAAAUAA